UCUAUGCCUAGAAUCCUGCAGGUAAUGUAAAUCGAAUGCUGUUGCUGAGGAGCAGGGUCUACAAUAUAUCCGGGAAUGUGUCUGGCAUUGCGUGAGAAAAAGAGAAUGAACAAAAAGGGUCUGGCCAUUCUAUUGAGGAGAAGGAUGAGAGGAGCUGAUCAUGGAACAAAGCUCCCCACCACCGUCCAUCAUACCUCCAAUGAAGACGGUGGCAGAGAAGCUGAUUCUAAUAGCAAACAAUACACUGAGCAUUUUGAGCAAGGUAGUGCAGGUGAUGGGCUAUCAUCUUUUCAGAAACCCGAUUCCUUGGACAGUGCAGAGAAGAGAGUGAAGCUCGUCCAAGAAUUGAUGCGUACAGCUAUUUUCAUGAAUAAAACGGAUUUAAUAGAUACAACUCUCGACAAAUUUUCACAGGGUUAUUUUAGUCUUUCUCAAGACAACCAUCGGAAACUACUACUAAUACUCGCUACAGAGUACAGCGUUGAUAGGACACGAAUACGUGAAUUGAUGCGGCAGUAUCUUGGUCUUGAACUUCCAGGCAGUGAGGAGGCUCGACAAUCUGGCCUUGAUGAGGAGGGCUUGCUCUCUGCAUUUUAUAGGACUGAGAGAAAUCUGCGACAGGCCCUCAAGCCCAUGUAUGAGGUUCUGUUUGAACGGCUCAACACCCAUCCUGGUGGAUUGAAGUUCUUGUCCACUUUACGAGCUGAUCUUCUCUCUAUGAUUAAGGAAGAAAAUAUUGCAUCUUUGAGAGCAAUGGACUCGUAUCUAAAGGAGAAGCUUAUAACAUGGCUCAGUCCAGCAGCUUUGGAACUUCACCGUAUUACAUGGGAUGAUUCAGCAUCUUUGCUAGAAAAAAUUGUAGUUUAUGAGGCUGUACAUCCAAUCAGCAAUCUUCAAGAUCUGAAGAGAAGGUUGGGUGUAGGUCGUCGUUGCUUUGGCUAUCUACAUCCUGCACUACCAGGUGAACCGCUUAUUUUUAUUGAAGUGGCACUUCUGAAGAAUGUCGCUCACUCAAUACAGGAAGUUCUAUGGGAUGAUCCUCCAGCACCUGAAUCUGAAGCAACAUGUGCAUUGUUUUACUCUAUAUCUUCCACCCAGCCAGGUUUAGCCGGAAUCAACCUUGGAAAGUUCCUUAUUAAACGCGUGAUAGAGCUGGUGAAAAGAGAGAUGCCACAUAUUACUACAUUUGCAACACUCAGCCCAAUUCCAGGAUACAUGCAGUGGCUUCUAUCCAAGUUGGCAUCUCAAUCAAAGCUUGCUGAAUCAGAGAUUGAAGAAAGUGGUUUGUUAGGAGAGAGAUUAGUUGGUGGUACUUUCAGAGAGAACAUACUUCAUCCAGAAGAAGAGAGGGCAAUUUUGGACUCAUCUGAGCUGUGUGAGUGCAGAAGUCACUUUUGGAGUGAUUACAGGGAGCUUGCUGCUGGGAAAAAUGGCAUGGAAGUAAUGCUAAAAUUGUUGACAUCGACAGAUUAUGAAUGGGCCAAAUCUGAUAAGUUAUUGGCGGUGCUACAAUCUCCUCUCAUGCGUUUGUGUACAAGGUACCUCUCUAAGGAGAAAAAGCGUGGGAAAGCUCUCGAUUCAGUUGGGAACUUUCACUUGCAGAAUGGAGCGAUCAUUGGGAGGCUAAAUUGGAUGGCAGACCGAUCAGAAAAGGGUCUCUGUCAAAGUGGAGGUAUCAUGGUCAAUUAUAUUUACAGGGUGGAUGAGAUUGAAGAGAAUGCACAGUUAUAUUUCAGCACUGGGCGUGUCAAAGCUUCAUCCGACUUUGAUUUGUAUCUAGAGGACAGUGAUUGAAACUUCCCUAUUUGCAGGGAUAAUAAUAGGCCACUGAAUUUCAAUGAUUGAGUAUGUGUCCUUGUAUUAUACUACAAAAAAUGACAGAAGUGUGCUACAAAUUUAAUCAGCACAAAUUUGAUUAUUGCCGAUUAAAAAUAAUUACUUUUAUUAUUUGUUCAAGACUGACUGAAAUUGCCCUACUUAUAAGAAUGAUGAUGGGCCACUAUUUCAAUGAUUGAAGAAGUUUCCCUCUGUUAUACUACAGUAAAUGAUAUAAGUGUUCCACAAA